AAAGCACCCAAAUAUUUCACAGCCAAAAGCUCAAGUGCUGCCGUGUAGCGUGUUCUUCUUCCUCCAUCCUCGAUCGUCGCCUAGCUAGCUGCUGGCCAUCAGCUAGCUAAUUAAUAAGCUUUUCUUGACAGAUCAUUUCGUUCUUGGAUCCGUUAAUUAGUUGCCUGCCGUCGUCUUCCUUCUUCCUCAAGUGCAACAAGAAACCCCAAGGUUUCUUACAGCUUGCUAAGUAUAGUAGCCGGUUUAGCAGGCUAGGCCGCUACUGUUAGGGUUCUCUUCUGCUGUUGUGUGUAGUGUUGAGAUCGGUUGGUUGGUAUGGAAGGGUCAGGAGGAGGAGGAGGAGGGACGAAGAAGGAGGAGAGCUUGCCGCCAGGGUUCAGGUUCCACCCGACGGACGAGGAGCUCAUCACGUACUACCUGCGGCACAAGCUCGCCGACGGCAGCUUCACGGCGAGGGCCAUCGCCGAGGUCGACCUCAACAAGUGCGAGCCUUGGGAUCUCCCAGAAAAAGCUAAACUCGGAGAAAAAGAGUGGUAUUUCUUCAGCCUAAGGGACAGGAAGUACCCGACGGGUGUGCGAACAAACCGCGCAACUAAUGCUGGCUACUGGAAGACAACAGGGAAGGAUAAGGAAAUCUACACUGGGCAACUACCAGCCACGCCAGAACUAGUAGGAAUGAAGAAAACUCUAGUCUUCUACAAAGGAAGAGCUCCGCGAGGCGAGAAAACCAAUUGGGUCAUACACGAGUAUCGCAUGUACUCUAAGUCAGCCCCUAAAUCUAACAAGGAUGAGUGGGUCGUGUGCCGCGUCUUCGCGAAGACCGCCGGCGCCAAGAAGUACCCGUCCAACAAUGCGCUCUCCCGGUCCCACCACCACCCGUACACGCUGGACAUGAUCCCACCCCUCCUGCCGACCCUGCUCCAGCACGACCCGUUCGCGCGCGGGCACCCGCACCACUACUCGUACAUGACCCCCGCCGACCUGGCCGAGCUCGCGCGCUUCGCCCGCGGCACGCCGGGGCUGCACCCGCACAUCCAACCGCACCCCGGGACGGCGGCCUACAUCAGCCCCGCCGCGGCGGCGCCGUUCACGCUCUCCAGCCUCAACCUCAACCUCGGCGCCUCGCCGCUCCAUGCUAUGUCGAUGGCGAUGAGCCAGACGGCGCCGAGCGUUGCCGGCGCUGGCCAGGUGAUGGGAAGUGAGCACCAGCAGAUGGCGCCGGGGCUCGGCGGCUGCGUGAUCGCGGACGGAGGGUUCGGCGCGGACGCGGCGGGGGUGCGGUACCAGAGCUUGGACGUGGAGCAGCUGGUGGAGAGGUACUGGCCGGCCGGUUACCAGGUGUAGUAGCUGUGGAGUGGAGUGCUUGACUGCUUGCAGUGCCAAAGUGCCAAGCAAAAUUGUUGGUGUAUCAUGUAGCAAGAACACGAAGACUUGAGGUGUCUUAAUCUAGUGCUUCUUUGUUGUAUCAUUAGCUGAAAA